AGAGAGAGAGAGAGAGAGAGAGAGAGAGAGAGAGAGAGAGAGAGCCCCGGUGUGGUGCUCCAUACACAGAGAUCUCCUGUGUCAGCGCUUACACUACAUUAUAUUACAUUAACGGAAUGACGGAGAGUCUCGUUUCGGUCCUCGGACCUUCAGCGUCGCCGUUUGAUGCCGAGCUGCCGAGUUACGAUGCAUUAAAGCGGCUUUACUGUAGGAACGGAGGGCACUUUCUGCGCGUGAUGCCCGGAGGAGCGGUGGAAGGAAUCCGGCAAGAGAACGACGCGUAUACUCUGCUAAAGGUGAAAGCAGUGAGUGCAGGUGUGGUGAUCAUCAGAGGUCAGGAGGCGGGACGUUACCUGGCCAUGGACAGAAAUGGAAAGCUUUAUGGCGCUUCCCUGCUGAAUGAUGAUUGCUAUUUCAUGGAGAAGAUGGAGGAGAACCACUACAACACGUACAGUUCACACAAGCAUCAGGAACACGGGGUCUGGUACGUCGGCAUCAAGAAAAAUGGCCAGAUGAAAAGAGGUCCGAAGACCCACAGGGGAGAGAAUGCUGUCUACUUCCUGCCCAUUUCUGCACAGUGACCACAACGUGUCAUGUAUUUUAGUUGCUAAAAUGUGAUCAAUAUCAAAAUCACCAAAAAACCCCACUUAUAAAUAGGACAUGUGAUAAACUGUAGUGUCUGAGUUUGUGGGUCUGGAGAACCUCCGUGUAAAGCCAACAUCAGCAUGAGGAAAUCAAUCUUAAAUCAAGAAACAUUUUAUUGUUGAAAAAAAUGUAUUGUUUUAAUGUAUAUAAUAAUUUAAAUAGAAAAUAAGAGUGAUUUUAUGUCUAAACUUAAUAAAUCACCUUUUGUGUAA